UAUGGAAGAUGACGUGCCUGAGUUUGCAAGCCCAACCGAGGAAAUUGCAUUUUGGAAGGGUAAAGCGCAAGAGUGGAAAAAUGCCGCAAUAAAUUCUAAAGAAGAACUUGACGAAUUUCAGGAAGGAAGUCGUGAACUAGAGGCAGAACUAGAAGCUCAGCUUGAACAAGUCGAGUUGAAAAAUAAGGAAUUGAAGAGUAUGACGAACAAUAAUAUGCAUCAGUUAAAAUCUAGAGAUGUAAAGAAACAAGGUACAUAUUUAGAAUACAAAUAUACAAAGAAACAGGGGAACUUAAUUAAUCUGACUGAUUUUUUUCAGAUAAACGAGUUGGAAACUGAAUUGUCGGAGAUUAAGGGGAUCAAGGAUAAGCUCGCUAAAUACGUGCGUGAGCUUGAACAACAGAAUGACGACCUUGAGCGCGCUAAACGGAGCACCCUGGCGUCACUAGAGGAUUUCGAGGGUAGAAUGAACGCGGCAAUUGAGCGCAAUGCUUUCCUUGAAUCUGAGCUCGAUGAAAAAGAAACAUUAAAGAAUGCCGUCCAAAGAUUGAAAGACGAGACUAGAGACUUGAGAUCAGAGCUGAAAGUUCUUAAUCCUCAAUUUGAGGAGGAACCAGACAAUGACAGAGGAUUAGAUAAUCCUCCACCUCCACCCGUCCUCCAGGAUACAAACAAGCUGGUGGAGGCUGCUGAGGGCAAGUUUCAGAACGACGAGGUUCAGCAGAACGGAGAGAUUGGAGGAGUAACUCCUGCUAAACUAGUAAACGGUGCAACCCAUACUCCUCCGCUAACACCUUCAGCUAGGAUAUCUGCUCUGGGUAUAGUUGGAGACCUGCUGAGGAAGGUUGGUGCCCUGGAGCUCAAGCUUGUCUCCUGCAGGAAUAUCGUGAAGGAGAAUGGAAAGGAGAAUGACCGGCCCGGAGAUAAAUUCUCCAGCCUUGACCGCAGUAAACGUAUGCCCAGAGGAGCUUCCAGUCCUGCGGGUUUUGUAAACAAAAUAAAGAUGAAAAAAUUCCGGCGAAAAUCCAAGAAAGAUUUGUAAUCCACUAACCAACAAUUAAUAACGGGUAUAUAUUUUUAGAAUGUAUACCCCUGAUUAAUAUAUAUCUGGAAUAUUUAACUUAUACUUCAUCAUGUUUCAUGCAAUAAAUAAUGCUUUGAGUCGUUCUCAGAAUCACCGUUAGGUGCCUCUUUGUAUAUAUAUCCGUCCAAAACUGUAUCAAUCAAAACGAAUAAAUCCGCAAAUAACUCUUUCAAAAAUACUAAAUCUUCUGUAGUCAGAUAACAAAAUUAAAAAUAGAAAAAUGUUUCAUGUUAUAAGUCUGGACCAUGUAAAGGUGUACACUGUACAUAAAUAAGUAUAUGAUAGAAAAUGUACUUUAAAUUAAUCGUUUCGUGAAUUUUCUGAAAGAAAUUGAAAUGUACAGUUCACCCUGAACUAUAUUAUAUGUGACCCCUGUCAUGAUAUAUAUAUAUAUAUACAUGGUAAAUUAGAAAUAUAUUUUAAUAAAAACA